CGGUACAUGUUCUCUCCAGCCUACCCCAUUCUAGUUCGAACGGUACAUAAUCACCUCAUCAUCCUAGUCCGAACGGUACAUGUUCGCUUCAGCCUAUCUUUUAGAGGGAGCUACUCUCAUUGCCGUAUUCUCUACAGCCAAAGUUCCUUCACCCGGCGAGACCCCUCUAUGGAUUCUUUGUUAUGGUUCUUUUGCCGCCUGUAUCGGAUUUUGGAUGUUAGGUCAUCGUGUGAUAAAAACUGUUGGGAAAGAAUUUACAGAAAUUAAUUCUUUUUGCGGAUUUACUGUUGAAUUGGGUGCAGCAAUAACUGUUUUGUGUGCAGCAAAGAUUGGCAUACCUGUAUCAAUGACUAUUUGUAUUGUUGGCAGUAUAGUCGCUGUAGGAGCUGUUCGCGGAUCUGUCCCUGUUAACUGGCAACUUUUUCGAAAAGCUUUUUUGGCUUGGAUAUGUACAUUCCCGUUAUCUGGAGUAUUUUCUGGUUGUAUUAUGUUUGGAUUAAAAUAUUUUUUUCUUUCAAAAUAA